AUACAUGGGCAAUUUUUCUUUGCCUUUGAAUAUUAUGAGUCACUUUGAAACAAGUUUCCCAAACAUAUACACAUCUUGCGCUAAUUGCUAAACCAUCUUCAUGUCCAAUAAUUCCAUGUCACCGCCUAAAUACAUUAUAGACAUGGUUCUUUGCUUAUUAUUGUUUUGUGUUCACGUGGUAGUUGUUGCUGCAAGCUCUGAGGGUGUUAGACAUCAAUCACAAGACUGGUUAAACCAUGGUGGAGAUUUGUUCAACAGAAGAUACGCCUACAAAGAGUGUAAGAUAAGCCCAGAAACGGCACCGGACCUGCGUCUGAAGUGGAAGUUCUAUGCAGGCAAAGAUAUCACAGCAACACCAGCCAUAUAUGAUGGCACCCUUUACUUCCCAAGCUGGAAUGGAAAUGUUUAUGCUGUUACAAAAACUGAUGGAUCACUUGUUUGGAAGCAGAACUUGCAGAAAUUGACAGGUCUAAAUUCAACUGGGUAUGCUCAGCUUGUAAAUUGGACAGUGUCAAGAUCCACUCCCACUGUGGUUGGGGAUUUGCUCAUAAUUGGAAUCUAUGGCCCUGCUGUUGUUAUUGGCCUCAAAAGAAAAACUGGGGAGCUUGUGUGGUUGACCCAUUUGGAUAAUCAUCCUAAAGCAGUUAUCACCAUGUCUGGAACAUAUUACAAUGGAGGUUACUAUGUUGGAGUAUCUUCAGUAGAAGAAGGUGCAUCUAUUGAGCAAUGCUGCAUAUUUCGUGGAAGCCUCGCAAAACUUGAUGCACGAUCCGGUGCUAUCUUAUGGAAGACGUAUAUGCUACCAGAUAACAAUGGCAAGAUAGGAGCAUAUGCUGGAGCUGCAAUCUGGGGAAGUAGCCCCUCCAUUGAUGCUUAUAGGAACCAUGUGUAUAUUGCCACUGGGAACCUGUACUCUGCCCCAUUGCACAUACUUCAAUGUCAAGAAAGACAAAAAAAUCGAACUAGGCCUACAGAACCGGACGAGUGUAUUGAACCCGAAAACCAUGGAAAUUCAAUCUUGGCCCUUGAUUUGGACUCUGGGAAUGUUAGAUGGUACCGCCAGCUAGGAGGUUAUGAUGUGUGGUUUGGUGCAUGCAAUAAUGCUCCAACUUCUUCUAAUUGUCCUCCUUCAGGUCCUAACCCUGACUCUGAUUUUGGGGAGGCACCGAUGAUGUUGACAGCAAAAAUAAAUGGAACCAGGAAAGAUAUUGUUGUUGCUGUCCAGAAAAGUGGAUUUGCUUGGGCUUUAGAUCGCAACGAUGGCAACCUUGUUUGGUUUAAGGAAGCUGGGCCAGGUGGGCUUUCAGGAGGAGGAACAUGGGGUGCAGCAACUGAUGAAAGGAGGGUUUACACCAACAUAGUAAAUUCAGAUAAGAAAAAUUUCACUCUUGUACCAACAAACAUGAUUACAACCACUGGUGGGUGGGUGGCAAUGGAUCCUAGCAGUGGCAAAAUCUUGUGGUCUAUAGCUAACCCCAGUAACAGCUCUGCUAAUGGCCCUGUUACCGUGGCAAAUGAAGUUGUUUUUGCUGGAUCCCCUGAUAGAGUUGGAAACAUAUAUGCAAUCAAUGCCAUAAAUGGAAAAAUUUUGUGGUCCUAUGAAACUGGAGGGAGUGUCUAUGGAGGCAUGUCAGUUAGCAAUGGGUGCAUAUUUGUGGGUCAUGGAUAUAGUGUUGCUCUAGGGCCUCUCUUUAAAUUCACAGGUGGAACCUCAUUAUUUGCCUUUUGUGUUUAAGGAAUUUAUUUAGUCAAUAUUUGAAUGUAUAAAUAAAACAGAAACUACUAUAAAUAUUGUGGCUGUUUUUUUU